GUCUGCCACUAAGGCUCGACUAGAAACGUGGUCGCGUCAGAGCAAUGACUUCCGGCGGAAAAAGAAGCUGGUUCCGAGUCCUGCCGGACUGUAGUCACCCAGAGAGAGCCGGUGGUGAUGGGAAGUUUGAUCUGAGAAGGCUCCCUUCUGCUACAAUGGAGGAUGGCAUUUGAACAGACACCAAAAAAGGAUUGGUAUAGCAUUCUGGGGGCCGACCCCUCUGAGAAUGUGUCAGACCUAAAACAGAAGUAUCAGAAACUCAUAUUGAAGUAUCAUCCAGAUAAACAAAGUACAGAUGUUCCAGCAGGAACGGUGGAGGAGUGUUUACAGAAGUUCAUCGAAGUUGAUCAGGCGUGGAAAAUCCUCGGGAAUGAAGAGACAAAAAAAGAGUAUGACCUGCAGCGGCAUGAAGAUGACCUAAGAAAUGUGGGACCAGUAGAUGCCCAAGUAUAUCUUGAAGAAAUGUCUUGGAAUGAAGGCCAUAUCUUCAAUGCAUUAUACUCUGAUAAUGACCAUCAAGAAGCAGAAGGACCUAUUAUAAAAUCAUCAGUUGUAAAAUUAAUGAUGGUGUCCUCCGCCUAAAUGAGAAGACCCUAUCUCCUAUAUGUAUUAACUGCUAAAUAAAUUUAAAAUUUUACUCAGUGACAAUCAUAACCAUAUUUAGAACAGAACACAGUAAAAGCAUGCUUUCUUCAACAUGAAAUAUUUGCCCACUAAUAUCUGUUCAGUUAGAAACUUAAAAGAUUACUCUCUGGUAACAUUUUUUGAAAUAGCUUAAAAGUAUUAUAUCUUAUUAUUCAAUAAGGCUGAGUUAUUGUUCUGAUAAAAAAAGUAUUAUGGAAAAGUUUAAUGAAACCAUUUUUUAUUUUUAUUUUUUUUAACUUUUAUUUAAUGAAUAUAAAUUUCCAAAGUACAGCUUAUGGAUUACAAUGGCUUCCCCCCCCAUAACUUCCCUCCCACCUGCAACCCUCCCCUUUCCCGCUCCGUCUCCCCUUCCAUUGACAUCAAGAUUCAUUUUCAAUUCUCUUUAUAUACAGAAGAUCAGUUUAGCAUAUAUUAAGAUUUCAACAGUUUGCACCCACAUAGAAACACAAAGUGAAAAAUACUGUUUGAGUACUAGUUAUAGUAGCAUUAAAUCACAAUGUACAGCACAUUAAGGACAGAGAUCCUACAUGAGGAGUAAGUGCACAGUGACUCCUGUUGUUGAUUUAACAAAUUGACACUCUUGUUUAUGGCAUCAGUAAUCACCUUAGGCUCUUGUCAUGAGUUGCCAAGGCUAUGGAAGCCUUUCAAGUUCACCGACUCUGAUCAUAUUUAGACAAGGUUGUAGUCAGAGUGGAAGUUCUCUCCUCCCUUCAGAGAAAGGUACCUCCUUCUUUGAUGACCUGUUCUUUAAUGAAACCACAUUUUUUAAUGCCAAAGGUUAUUUUUUUUUUUUUUACCAAAACAGGCCUCCCUGCCCUGAGGAUGGUCCUUUUUUUUUUCUUCAUGAUUUUUUUUUUAAAGAUUUUAUUUAUCUAUUUGAGAAGCAGAGUUACAGACAGAGAGGUCUUCUAUCCACUGGUUCGCUCCCCAAAUGGCUGCAACAGCCGCAGCUGAGCCAAUCCAAAGCCAGGAGCCAGGAGCUUCUUCCAGGUCUCCCAUGCAGGUGCAGGGGCCCAAGCCCUUGGACCAUAUUCUACUGCUUUCCCAGGCCAUAGGAUAGAGCUGGAUUGGAAUAGUAGCAGCUGGGAUUGGAACCAGUGCCCAUAUGGGACACUGGCGCUGCAAGCAGAGGCUUAGCCCUCUCUUCCACAGUGCCAGCCUCCGUGAUAUUUUUUAGACUUAUUUAUUUAUUUGAACAUCAGAACUACAGAGAGACAGAGGGAAAGGUCUUCCAUCCACUGGUUCACUCUCCACAUGUCCUCAAAGGCCAGGGCUGAGCAAGGCCAAAACCGCGAGCCAGGAGCUCCAUCUGGGCCUCCCACAAGUAUGCAGGCGCCCAAACACUUGGGCCAUUUUCCACUGUUUUUACCAGGCCAUUUAGCAUGGAGCUGGAUCAGAAGUGGAGCAACCAGGACACAAACUAGUGCCCGUAUAGGACGUCAGCAUUCCAAGCAGUGGCUUAUCCCACUGCACCGUAACACCAGUCCCCAAACGGUUAUUUUUUUAAAAAAUUAAAUUCAAAAAAGCAUGUAAAACAUUAAUUUGACUUUAUAUAGGAGACUACAAGAUUGUGGAAUGUCAUAUAUGUAGAAAUAUUUGUCAAAAACCUUCAGGUUAAUUCUUUGCCCUUCAAUACACUUAAAUGUUACAAAUCUCUUUGUAGAAAAAGGAUGUAAAUUCACUAAAAGGUUCUAUCAGUAUAAGACCACUCAUUUUUAUUAGUGGAACUGGUUGUAGAUCCUAGGGCCAACAGCAAGACUAGUUCCUGCCUAUAUAAUAGACUUAUGUGUAAUGAAGCAUUAGACUGCUAAAGUAGGAAAAUGAACAGAACAAAAGAGUGAAUUUGGAAAAGCCCUAUGUAAUUAAUAUAUUCCAAAGUAUUAAUUUGGGAAAACCUACAAGUCCUUCAUGUUUUAAUUUCCAUAGUUUUUCCUUAAAAUACACUUAUUACUGAAUUCUAAGAAAAGCAAGUUAUGCAUAAGUAAAAUGAAGUUAGAGACAUCAAUUAAAAGCAAAAACUAAAACAUUCCACAAACAAAUAAGGCAACAUACUAACCAUCUAGGUAGCUCUUUGCCCAUCUCCUUGAUCACAAACCAGGGCCCAUGGUUUAUACAUUCUAUCGCUCCAUGAAGUUUUCCCUAAACUUGUCUGCCCACACCAGAUUCUCCAAGUCUGCUUUGCUUGGGACCCUGGACUAUAACAUCUCUUUAUCUGCCUGGCUUUUGUGUCAGUCUUUACCAUUUCUUUCUCAUCUUUUCUUUCUUCCUCUAGAGCCUUCACUAAUUUAGAAUUAGUGUUUCAGAGUUCUGAACCCAUCCCCUGUCGCUCCCCCUCUUCGCGGAGGAACGACACAGGACCCUGCGCUGUUCUUUCGUCUGCUCGGCCCUUCCCGGGUUUGCUGCUGGUCCUUCCCGGGUUGGCUGCCGAUCCUUCGUGGAAGGGCGACUCCCCCUGCCACUUUCCCCACUUCCGUGGGGGAGCGGCACACCGCCGGCCGGCUCUCUCGGGGGCUGCUCAGGUGUUCCUUCAGAUAGAUGUUCCUGGUGCAUGUUGUCUCUCUCCUCCUUUAUAGUCCUCUUCCACCAAUCCCAACUCUGCUACCCACAUGCUGAGUACGCUGCUCUCCUCCAAUCAGGAGCAGGAUCAGCUCCUGCAGGUCAUCACUCAAGUUGGCGAGAGGCAGCUGCGUAGAAGUUGUUUACUCCCUUCUCAGCACCAAUAUUGUGGGAGAGCAGAUGCAUAGAAUAAGUCUUAAUUCCAGUAACUUAGUCUAGUCCGAGUUGCUCCCCACAAUUCCCCCUGUUAUGUCUGGAUCUAUUUAACUGAUUCACUUCUGGUUAUAUGGGUUAUGUUUUCCAUUUCCUCACCCAUCUUAGCCAUUUGUGAUUAAGACAGACAUUUAUCUGUGAGUGAAUUUGAUGGCCUUCUAUAGAGAAUACUAAAUGUUGAGGAACUUGGGUUUGGGCAGAGGCAGUUAACUACAGAUCACCUUAUUCCUUUUGAGUCUUGCUUUUAAGCUUGUUAGGUUAGUCUCUGUCUUCAUUUUACUUUAAGGACUAUUUGAGCUACACUGCUAAGGCACGCUCCUUUCCCAGUCUCCACUGAAUGCUCUGGACAGUCACCAAGAUCUGUCCAUGCUGCCUAGAUAUAAAUACGUCUCUCCAAUCUAGGAAGAUUGUGAGCUCUGGAAAAUGUCUUAUACCUCUCCAGUAAUCAUUCUCUGUUCAGUCCUACUGACUGUCAUGACAAAUAAGAAAAAUUUAAUAUUCAGCCCAAAAGCCAAUUGAAUACCUAUGUGGAUUUCUGAAAAUGUUGAAAAAGAUCUUUCCUUCCUGGUAGUCUGAUCCAUAUGUUCCUACCAUGUAAACAUCCCUCUUCCCCAGUAUCUGCCUCUUCAACUCUUGAAGACCACCCCUGUUUUGUUUGAACUUUCUCUUACCCCACUGUAGUUGAAAACUGCCUUAAGAAAGCAGUUGGGGAAAGUAUAAGUUUAUUUUCUUUUUUCAGGAGUGAGUCUUGUCUGGUGUAUGAGAACAGCUGUUUCAUGUAUAUUAUUCAGUCUUCUGAUACUUUAUGGCAGAAGGGCAAGUCCAUCACCAGUGACUCCAUCAUUGCCAGAAGCAGACAUUCAAAUGACCUAAUUUUAAAGGUUUUUGUUUUUAAAAUCAUACUUCAUGGGGUGAGCGUUGCGGCACAGUGGGUUAAGUUGCCACUUGGGAUGCCCACAUCCCUUUUCAGAGUGCCUGGGUUCAAAUCCCAGCUGUUCCACUUCCCAUCCAGCUUACUGAUAAGGUACCAGAUGAUGACGCAGGUACUUAAGUCCUCCCACCCACCCUGGAGACCCAGAUGGAGUUCCGGGCUCCAGGCUUUGGCCUGGCCCUGCCCAAUGAAUCAGCAGAUGAAAGAUUCCUUUCUCUCCCUAUAUGCAACUUUGCUUUUCAAAUAGAUAAACAUUUAAACGCUUACUUCAUAAUGAUGUAGGCAGACAGUAGCCGCACAUACACCCAACCCAUUCCCACACAUGGCUGGAAAUAUCCAAUCUCUCUGUAGGUUUAGCACAGCCACUCCUCAUCAUGUACCUGAGCCCUAUGUGUACUAGUUACCAUGACACUUCUGAGAGGCCCAAAGAAAGAGGCAUGAGUGAGCAGUACCCAAGCUCCAUCCAAACUCUGACUCCUUUGAAUAUUCAGUUAAGUCCUGCCCCAAGCACCACCGCCUACCCUAUAAAAGGAAGACCCCAACUUUCCAAGAGGCAGCAGCCCUUCCUUUGAGAAAGAAGGUUGCCUGUGCUCAUGUCUGAGUAUGUGCUAUCCGUUUCAACUCCUACCCACCUUAUAUAUAUCUCCUCCUUGAGUAUAUUCGGAGGUGGAGCCAAGAACUUGGAUCAAGCCUUGCUUUUGUUGAAUUCCUCACAACAAUAACAAUAUGAAAAGAAUCAUUUUGGGGAGCACUAAAAUUUGGUAUGUGAAGUGUGCUUUGGCAUCUCCUCUUGCAUCCCCAGCAAUGUAUCUCCUUUGUGUUUUUGUUUUACUAUUUCCCUAUCAGACUCUAGAAAACAUUCACCAUACUCCACGUGUCAUGAGGUACUACACAAGGAAAUUCAUUAUGGUAUUGUCUGCAUCUCAAAACUGGCAGCGUUAUAAAUGUUUCUCAGUAGGUAGAGACUAAAUUUAAAGCUGAUUUAAAUAACAGUGGAUAGUUGGUUUUAAAAACAUAAUAGAUUGUGAUGAUAUAGUCAAUAGAAAACCAAGUUGCAGGGCAAGGUAUAUAGAUUUUAAAAAGUAUAAAUUUCAAAGUUUACAUUUUUAUGACGUUCCUAUUAUUUACAUUAGUUAUAUAAAUAUAUACAUACAUACAGGCAUAUACAUAUAUGUCUUAAAAGAACUCAUUCAGUGAUACUUUUUUUUUUAAGAUUGAUUUAUUUGAGAGGAAGAGUCACAGAGGGAGAGACAGAAAGAGCAGUCUCCCAUCCACUGGUUUACUACCCAGUUGGCUGCAAGGGCCAGAGCUGAGCCAAUCUGAAACCACGAGCCAGGAGCUUCUUCUGGGUCUCCCAUGUGGGUGCAGGGGCCCAAGCCAAGCACUAGGGCCAUCUUCCCCUGUUUUCCCAGCAAAAGCAGGGAGCUGGAUCGGAAGUGGAGCAGCUGGGAUUAGAACCUGUGCCCAUGUGAGAUGCCUGCGCCAUGGGUGGAGGCUUAACCUACUAUGCUACAGCGCCGGCCUCAGAGAGUUGUACUUUUUAAAAAGGGAACAUUGCCCAUCAUGAUGCAAGUUAAUUCGAGCUUUGUUGAAUUUUUAAAUUUUUGCUUUGUCUAUUGUCAUGUGAAAAGAGAAUGACCUAGCUUCAAAUUCAUAUAGUAGGCUCUUCCUCAUAGUACAACUAAAUGACAUCAGUACUGUCAUCAAAUCUCUCCAUUGCUCAAGUAUUAAUCUAACCAAGAACUCAUUUAUUUAAGCAAACAUGAAAUAUAACACACUUUUGGUUUAGGUCUGAAAUGCAAAACCUGACUUAGUAUGGAAAGAGACAAAGAACAGAAUAAAAAUGUCUAUUCUAACUCAAAACAUGGUUAUUGUCUGUUAAUCUGUUGGUUAUCACUGAGUUGAAAAUUCAAACCAGAUUAAAAAAAUUUAUAGCUGUAGUGUACAAGAUACAAGGGUAGAUUAAAACAUUUUUAAGCUAUGAUGCUUUACAACUGAAGCUGAAAAGCACUCCAAUAAACACAUUUAUAAUAAAUGUGUUAGAACUGGCCAAAAAUGGAAAUCCUAAUUCCAAGUCUUUAUUUAUUACUUCUCAUUUAAAACUUUUAAUUCUUAGAUUGUUUUUCUUUUAUACAAGUCUGUCUUGCCAUCCUGAAUGAAUGCAUGAAACUGUUUUCAAUGAAAGCCACUAUAAAUUGUCCUUACUUUUGCUCAAAUAUGAAUUUUGGUCAUUCAGACAUAACUCACUUUACAGCUAAAUUUUAAAGCAUUUAAAGAAUCCUUAAAUCAUUCUUGUUUUUUUCUUACUACUUACUAGUUUACUUCCUGAGCCAUGAUAAAACCUAAUCUCAGGGCUGGACAAAAGAAUCAAGCCUCUAGUUCUCAGCUAUAUUUACUGAGGUCUAGUUAAGUGCCUCCUUUUUAGUACAAGCAACAAAUGUAAUUGCCUCAUGGCCUGCGGGUGUCCAUUUAACAAAAGAGGCUUUUUGUGAGGCAACCACAGGUGUUACCUUUCUUGAUUCAAGUGAAAUCUGAUGAAUGAGUCCUCAAUAUCAAAUAACACGUUUACUAAACUGUAAUCAAACUCAUUUGUUUGAUUAAGCAAAGAACAUCUACUUAAGAAAAAGUUCUGACUAAAUACUAAGAUAUUUGUGUUUGACCUUUCAAAAGUUUCAAAAAAUAAAAUUCUAAGAACAGACUGAUUUUUAAUUAACAGCCUGUUUACCAUAUACUUUAUAGUUUAAAACUAGCAAGGGUGAAGUGUGCAUUUGCACACUGGCCCUACCUAUUGCUCUUACUUCUUUAUGUGUUCUAAAAUGACUGCAAAAGAAAAAAGAAAGGAUACUUAUCAAAGAAACAAAAUCAUAAAGGCAAAGAGGAAAGUUUUUGGAAUACUUUUUUUUUAAGAUUAGAUUUUCCUUUUCCUCUAUGAAAAAAGGCACACCCUUUUAAUGAAAGCAGAUAAAGCCUUUUUCUUUCGUUUUUCAUAAAAGCAAAUGGAAGUGAUACUUCAGUAGCAGUUAAGUCUCAGAAGUAUUUCAUUUUGCACACAUGAUUAUAUCUCUCCAUCAAUGAUAUACAAUCAGAUUUCUACACCACCAUGUAACUAAUGCAUAUUGCUUAAUCAUGACUUGAGACUCUAUGUAUAACUACGAGACAAUAUUUGGAAAAUAAAUUUAUUUAUUAAUAUUAUUUAAAAAGACUAUAUAAAAGCAAGUGUUUGUUCAAAUCAUGUAACAAAAUUAGAAACAUCAUCAGUAAAUAAUUGUUUACCUUCAUGCAAUAGCAGCAAAAGCCAUAAACAAACAUAUAUGCAAAAAUUUAUAAAAAUUAUUACUUUUAAAAAACACAAAACUGAGAAAACAUUAAUAAUCUUUAAUUUUUAAAAAAGUAAUGAAAGUGUCUCAAGUACCAGUUAUUAGUAUCUCUGAAAGCAAACUCAGGGAACAGUUUCACUAAUAUACUAUUUUUGUUGACAUUCUCUUUGUCCACAUUCUGCCCACCUGAGCUAAUUAAGACAGUGGACUAUCUGGUAACCUGAAGUGCUUGCACAUGAAAUGCGUGACAAAGGAUUAUAAGAAACAGGCCCAGAACAACACACUGAUUAUUUCAAUGGGUACUAUUUCUAUGUAGCCAUGCUUCUUUUUCUUCUCACUUAAAAAUAUCUAAAAGUUAGACGUACAAUUUGGGACAUGCUCAAUCUGACUUGCCCCAAAUGGUAGAGUUAGAAAUGUGCCAGGGGAUUCCAAUACAAUCCCAUCAAGGUGGCAUGUUCCAAUGCCAUCUCACUAGUCCCAGUGAUCAAUUUCAGUUCACAAUUGAUCAUACUAAUAGGUCUAAAAGUCAAAGGGAUCACAUAAACAAGACUAGUGUCUGCUAAUACUAACUGAUAGAAUCAAAAAGGGAGAGAAUAAUCCAACAUGGGAAGUGGGAUACACAGCAGACUCAUAGAAUGGCAGAUGUCCUAAACAGCACUCUGGCUUCAGAAUCAGCGCUUAAGGCAUUUGGAUCUGGCUGAAGAGCCCAUGAGAGUAUUUCAGGCAUGGAAAACCAAGACACUCUGGGAUCAACAAA